AUGUCAGCGGAACAAGAAAUUCGAAAACGUUUAUUAGAUGUUUAUGACGAAAAUAAUGAUUUACCCUUCAAAGGCAGAGUUCAUUUAGCAAGAAAGAAAAAACCAGAUUCAUGGUAUAUUAAAUUUGCUGAAGGUCUUCUGUUAUGCACGGCUAUUGGUUUACUCUACUGUACAUAUUACCAUUUUGACAGAGUUCAUUUUCAUGUAAACAGAUUCUAUGCAACACUUGGUUAUCAAGAAGCUCAACAUGUGGUAGCACACAGUUAUUUACACGGAAUUGGUGCUGAUCAGCAUAUGGAGAACGCCAUCUACUGGCUACAACAAGCUUCGGAGAAAGGCCACACCAAAGCACAAUAUAAUUUAGCUAUUGCUCAUUUGAAAGGAAUAGCUACCGGUUUGAAAGAAGGAGAAGCUCGUCAACUCAUUGAAAAAGCUGCACAAGCAGGUUUAUCCGAAGCUCAGAAAACAUUAGAGACCAUUUGUGCACAAGGGGGUUGCGAAAUAUAA